CAAAUAAGCGACGUAAACAUUGAGGCGUUGGAGGAAUCCCAAAAUGAAGGCGCUGGGACUUUGCUCUUCCCUCUUUAGGAUUAAUUCGACACAGGCGAAUAAAAAUGGAAUUAAUUUAGCUUUAAGAUUUUCCACCACGUCUACUAUACAGGGACCAGAGAACAGGCGUUACAUACCCAGAAGGGCUGUCCUCUAUGUCCCUGGCAGCGAUGAAAGAAAGCUGAAGAAAAUUCCAAGCCUUGGAGCAGACUGCAUUGUCAUGGACUGUGAAGAUGGAGUUGCACUUUCCAAGAAGGCGACUGCCAGAUCAACCAUCCAUCGUGUCUUAGACAAACAAGAGAUUGAUUUUAUGGGAAAGGACUGCUCUGUGCGAUUCAACAGUGCAGACAGUGGACUGUGUGAAUUGGACAUGGUGGAGGUCCUUUCGGCAGCUCACCUCCCCACCACGGUCCAUCUGCCUAAAGUGGAGUCACCAGAGCAGCUUGACUGGUUUUCUGAAAAGCUGUGUCUGGCUCUUGGCAGUCGGCAGCUUCAAGAAAAACUGCGACUGAUAAUCUUUACUGAGUCGGCUCAGUCACUCCUAGACCUCCCAGCGAUUUGCCGGAGAGGGGUUGAGUUAUCUCGUGAUGCCCCCUUCUGCCUAGAUGGGGUUGUUUUUGGUUCAGAUGACUUCUGUGCUGAUAUUGGUGCUACAAGGACUAAUGAAGCCAAGGAGUUAUCAUUUGCAAGACAAUAUGUUGUUACUGUAGCAAAGGCUUUUAAGCUGCAGGCUAUUGAUCUUGUGUACAUUGAUUACAAAGAUUUGGCAGGGUUGAAAGUCCAAAGUGAAGAAGGAGCUGGUAUGGGUUUUACAGGCAAGCAGGUAAUCCACCCUGGGCAGGUGCCGGUUGUACAGGCUGCAUUUUCUCCAACUCCAGAGAAGGUUGAGUGGGCCAAGGCUCUCAUUCAGGCCUUUGAGGAACACCAGAAGGAAGGAAAGGGAGCCUUCACAUUCAGAGGUAACAUGAUAGACAUGCCACUCCUCCUGCAGGCACGCAACAUUGUGCAGUUGGCAUCAAGUCUGUAAGGAUUAGAAAGAGUUACUGAAAAUGUGAUAAGGAUAAAUAUCACACUAGGUGUUGAUGAUUAACUUUUUGAAAUAUUAUGCAUUUUUCUUUACCUCAUUUUAUAUGAAACCAAAGUACUCAGAAUGUGAGAAAAAUAAUGCAAAUGAAAAUGUUGAUUAAUUAUCAUUAAAUGGGGAUGUGUUGCUAACAUAACUGAACAGAUAUACGAGUAUGUAGGAAUCAAAAUUACAAUUUUUUUUUUAUGUUGAUGGCAGAGAAAGAAGGAGAAAAUAGCCAAGAGAACAAUAAUAACAUUAACCAUCAUUAGAAAGUAUGAAUAUGUGUGGAAAAAAAAAACUUCAGUGAUUGGUCUUUCUGAUUUUAGUACUAAAGAAUAAUGUCAUUAAACUAAUUGAAAAUUUUGAACUAUAGAGUUUCAUCCUGGAGUGAUUGUACCCUUUUGGCUAUUCAGAUGAACCAGACCACUUUAACCUAGUCCUAGUAACUCUUAAGUGGAGUAGCAAGUAGGCAGACUUCCACUUGCCAUUCUCUACAUGGAUGUAAUAUUAUGCCACCCACUGUAUAAGGGUUAAUAAGAAAACUAAAGAAGUGUCUAGCAGGUCAGGAAAUGCUAGUUUCAUAUCCUGGUGGAUCAUUAAUUAUUUAUUAACUGUAUCCUAAUUUCUUUAGUAACAGGGCACAACAUUUCAAAUCUAAAGGCAUAGAAGAAAAAUGAAAUACAUAAAACAGGUAUAUACCCAAAUAUUUUAAUCAUCCAAGAUCAAAUCAUCUGGGUAUGUCAGGUAUAUAAGGUGGACCUAGGGACUCAAUUAUACAGAUAACAAAUAUUAGUUGGAUGAGAAAUAAACAAACAGCCAAAUUACACUGAAGAAGACUUUGGUUGGCUUCUGAACCAUCAUCUGGACAUCUUAGGAAAAAGAUGAUUGGGGAAUCCAAGAAUGAUUAGUGGGUAGUAAGAGAAUCCUCUUCAGAAAUACCAUGACAACAGGAGAAAAUGCAAGCUUUGGAUUGCUAGAAAAAUAUUAUUGUAUUUUUUUUCUGAUGCCUAGCAACUUAUCAGGGCAUCAGGAAUGUUGGAACCAGAAAUAAUCCUGUGAGGUAAUAAUUGACUUUUUUAUGUCAAUUUCAAAUUUAUCUCCAAAAUGAGUAAAGGAAAGCUAUCUUUAACCUUUACAGUAUAUUUACUUUUGUACUUGUAAUGUAAAUAUGAGAAUAUUUUGUGUUAAUAGAUGUAUAUAGAUGAU